AUGAAAUCACUCAAGCACCUAGAUGUAAGCAAAAAUAUAUUGUUCUACAAGCAAAAUGAGUUUUGCAAUUGGACAGAAUCUCUUGUUUUUCUAAAUGUAUCUGAAAAUAAGCUAACGUCUUUGGUGUUUGAUUGUUUACCCAUUAACGUUCAGGUUUUAGAGCUUUCCUUAAACCAAAUCACAAGUGUCCCCAAAGAAAUAAAGAAUUAUACAUCUUUAAAAGAACGCAAUUUGGCCUUAAACCUCCUAUUAGAUAUCCCUGAUUGCCGUUUUAUUAGUAGCAGUCUAACAAUCCUUAAGGUUGAUGAGAAUUCUAUACACACUCCCUCAGUUGUAUUCCUGCAGCGUUGUGGUUAUGUUAAGGCUAUAAGUGCUGGACACAAUCCGUUUCAGUGUAAUUGUGAAAUAAGGGAGUUUGUUGACACUGAAAGGAAGACACCAGGAAAAUUGGUUGGGUGGCCAAAGUUCUACAAAUGUGCGUAUCCAGAUGACGUCAAAGGGAUUCUUAUUAAGGACUUUUAUCUUCCUGAAAUAUCUUGUAAUAUAUACAUAUUGUUAGCUACAGUGUUGAGUACUGCAGUCGCUCUGCUUGCCUGUCUUGUUUUCUCUUGCGUAUAUUUUGAUUUGCCUUGGUAUAUCCGUAUGUUGCUUCAGUGGGCUCAAACAAAACAGAGAGUAAGGAACAUCGACCUUGAAGAAGUUCAGAAGAGCAAACGUUUUCAUGCUUUCAUAUCAUACAGCCAAGAAGAUUCAGUUUGGGUACAAAAUGCUUUGAUACCAAACCUUGAAAAUAGCGAUGGCUCCAUAAAGCUUUGCCACCACGAAAGGCAUUUUGUCCCAGGCAAAACAAUAAUUGAAAAUAUAAUCCACUGUAUAGAACAAAGUUUUAAAUCAAUCUUUGUUUUAUCUACUAAUUGUAUUCAAAGUGAGUGGUGCCACCAUGAACUGUAUUUUGCCCAGCAUGCAUUAUUUGGGAAAAACUUCAAUAAUGUAAUCCUAAUCCUAUUAGAGCCCAUACCACAGUAUUUGAUUCCCAACAAAUAUAGGAAGUUAAAAACAAUCAUGAAACACAGGACUUAUAUGGAGUGGCCAAAGGAAAAAAAGAAACAUGGGCUGUUUUGGGCUAACCUCUGGGAAGCAAUUAAUAUCAAUCUUUAUGCAAAUGAAGAGGAAAUCAGUCUUUUUAACUUGGAAUGUUAG